UCUCGUCGUUUUAGCCUCAGUUUACUUUUAUCAACACCAGGUGCAGGUUCUAAAGCAAUUUCCAUUAUGAAGCUGCUGAUCUUCGUUCUCGUUUUUGCCGCUUUUGUGGCCAGUGCUUUGGCAUUGCGAAAUGAAAUCUGUGGUCUACCCCAUUCCCGCAAUGGUAAUGGCCCAAUCUCCUGCGAGGCUUAUAUCCCCAGUUGGUCAUACGAUUCCGGUAACAAUGAGUGCAUCAAGUUCAUCUACGGCGGCUGCGGUGGCAACGACAAUCGUUUCGAUUCUAAGGAGAAUUGUGAAGACAAGUGUUUGCAAUAAACAUUGAGUGAAACGAAAA